AUGGGUCGCUGGCUGGAUGCUGUCGGCUGGGUGUCUCCUGCUCCAGUGGGGGGCCCUGCCCUGCCCUGGGCUUGGUGGGCCGUUGUGGGUCCCAUGAUGUGCCGUGCCGGCUGGGGUACUGCAGCUGUGGCCCGUGGUCCGGGUGGGGAGGCGGGGGUGGACGUGGGGAGGACAAUCGACACCACAGACGAAGACCUCUGCAGUAUGCGGAGGAGUGACAACUACUGGCCAGUUCCUAGUGAGGAGAAGAAGCUGGAAAUGGACAACACCAAUGACAACUCCAUAGCAAUGAAAACUAUUAAUCCUGAUGACAGAUCACCAUUGUGCCCCAAGUUAGGCCCAUACUUUGAUGAUGGACAACGGCGAGUCGACUAUGUGCUUACUUACCAUAUAGACAAACCCAGCAAUAUUCAUCGAAAAUCACCAAAAUUCGGAGACGACAACUUAAUUCGCCGGCUUCGACGUAGUUUGAGCUUGAGAGGCAGCCGUGCACCUUUACAGCCAAAAGAAGACUCAGAGAUUGCUGCCCAUGAAGAUGACAAGCGAUGUAAGCGGGAGGAGUUUGAAAGAAACCUGCUAGAGACUGGUUUGGAAUUGGAAAACGCUAAUGAGUGUAAGAUCCCCGGAAUUGGCUUUUUGAAGAUCCAUGCCCCAUGGACUGUUCUGUGUCGGGAAGCCGAGUUCAUGAAGCUCAAGAUGCCAACAAACAAGGUUUUUGAAGUAAAACAAGGAAGUAAUAUUGUUGAAAAGAUCCGGAUGUUCAUUCAUAAAGUCACAUCUCCUUUGCACCCGAAAGUGAAUACCCAGAAGCAACAGACUGAGAAAUCACUCAGCCACCCUUUUUCCAGAGAGAAAGCGCACCUAUUUGAUUUAUCCGACCGAGAUCAUUUCUUCGAUAGCAAGACGCGGAGCUCAAUUGUAUAUGAAUUGCUCAAAAGGACAAAAUGCACAAGGGCCAUGUACUCAUUGGGUAUCACCAGUCUGCUUGCCGAAGGUGUUUAUACAUCUGCUUAUCCUCCUCAUGAUGGAGAGAUAGAGGGAGUCAGUGCUGUACCUAACGACAGAAAGACACUGUAUGAAGAAUGGGCCAGCUACAGUGUAUUCUACAAGUACCAGCCCAUUGGCUUAAUUAGAAAGUAUUUUGGGGAGAAGGUUGGAUUGUACUUUGCCUGGCUGGGAGUCUACACGCAGAUGUUAAUCCCAGCUGCUAUUGUUGGAGUAAUUGUAUUCCUCUAUGGCUGUGCCACUGUUGAUGACAACGUACCAAGCAUGGAAAUUUGUGAUCCAAGGCUCAACAUCACUAUGUGCCCACUUUGUGAUAGCGCUUGUGGAUACUGGAAACUUGUGUCAGCAUGUGGUACUGCCCGAGCCAGCCACCUUUUCGACAACCCAGCAACUGUAUUUUUCUCCAUCUUCAUGGCCUUGUGGGCGGUUCUAUUUAUGGAGCAUUGGAAGCGACGUCAGAUGCGACUUAACUAUGUCUGGGACCUGACAGGCUUUGGAGAGGAAGAGGAGGAGGAACACAAGGACAACAACCGAGCUGAGUAUGAGUUGCGUGUCAUGCAAAAGGCAAUGAAACAAGAAAAUUCAGCCUCAAAGGGGGAGAAAGUGAAACUGACAUGUACAGACAGACUGCCAGCUUAUGUGAAUACUGUUGCUAUCAUGGCUUUAAUGAUCACAGUGACGUUUGUCAUAGUCUUUGGGGUUGUACUCUACCGAAUUACCAUCAAGACAGCCUUAGAAAUCAACACCUCCGCUGGAGCAGGGUAUAAUGUUCGAGCUAUCGUCAAAACCACAGCUGCCAUAAUCAACCUCAUCGUCAUCAUCAUCUUGGAUGAAAUCUAUGGAGCUGUUGCACGCUGGCUCACUAAACUUGAGGUUCCAAAAACAGACAAAAGCUUUGAAGAGCGGCUUAUCAUCAAGACUUUCAUUUUGAAAUUUGUCAACGCUUUCACCCCUAUUGUCUAUUUGGCUUUUUUUAGGGGGAGGCUAGUUGGGCGGCCAGGAAAGUACCUGUACAUUGCAGGAUCAUACAGAAUGGAAGAGUGUGCCCACGCAGGCUGCCUUAUGGAGUUAUGCAUCCAGUUAUGUAUUACCAUGCUGGGCAAGCAACUCAUCCAAAACAAUCUAUUUGAGAUUGGCAUACCCAAGCUGAAAAAAAUGUUGCGUAAGAAAAAGUCUGAGCUGGACAAAAAGCAACAAGAGGAGCUGGCCAGAACCUUGCAACAACAUGAGAAAGACCAUUUCCUUGGUCCUUUUGUUGGUCUCAACCCUGAGUACAUGGAAAUGAUCAUCCAAUUUGGGAUGGUGACUCUUUUUGUGGCCUCAUUUCCCCUGGCUCCACUUUUCGCUCUUCUGAAUAAUAUCAUUGAGAUACGCCUGGAUGCCAAAAAGUUUGUGACGGAGCUGCGACGACCAAUUGCAGUCAGAGCAAAAAACAUUGGUAUUUGGUACAAACUGUUACGGGGUCUCAGCAAGGUGGCAGUCAUCGUCAAUGCUUUAGUCAUCUCCUUCACAUCUGAUUUCAUCCCACGGCUUGUGUACCAAUACAUGUACAGUCCUGAUGGCACCAUGCACGGCUUUGUCAAUCACUCUCUUUCUUACUUUAAUGUGAGUGACUUUCAGCCAGGCACUGGCCCUACUCAAACAAUGAUCCAAGGUCAGAUAGUAGAAAUAUGCAGGUACAAAGACUACAGAGAGCCUCCCUCCUCCAGCACACCAUAUGAUUUCUCCAAGGAGUUCUGGGCCAUUCUAGCUGCUCGCCUUGCUUUUGUCGUUGUCUUUCAGAAUGUGGUGAUGCUCAUGAGUGACUUUGUGGAUUGGUUGAUCCCUGACAUACCAAAGGACAUCAGCCUCCAGAUCCACAAAGAGAAAGUCCUCAUGAUCGAGCUCUUUAUGAAAGAAGAGCACGGAAGGAGGCUUGCUCUACGGGACACUGACAACCAUAACAGUUGUACCCCUUCUUCCUCGAACCAGAGCCCACAACAACCACGCUCUCGGCCUGUGUCAACCACAAACUGUUAUUAA